CUGGCCGCCUCCUCUCCGCGGCACGGCGGCCCGCUCACGCCGCCGCGGCGGCUAUAAAGGGGCGCCCGCCGCCCGCCGCCUUCUCUCCGCUCGCCGGGCCGCUACGCGUGAGUCGGUGUCGGGCCCAGCGCUGCCCUGGGCCGGGACUGUGGGGCAGGGAGGGCAGGAGAUAGGCGUGGGGGGAGCCGGGUGAGAGCGGCUCCGGCCCGUUCCCUCCGGGCAGCCCCCGCCGCCCCUCUCGGCGCUUGGCCGCCGCCGCCUGUUAUUUAUUGCCCCGCCGGAGCCGAUCUGGUUUAUCUAUAAGCGAUCAGCUUAGCACGGAAGAGUUAAUUUUCAAAGGCAGGCUGGUAGAAAUCUCUGCUCCUGAGAGGAUUUCCCCCCCUAGUUGGAUUUAUUGUUGUCUUUUACCUCAGAGAACCGCUCGGCCUCCGCUCAGGAGAGCUGGGGCUGAAUUCGGCUCUUCAAGCCAAAUCCGGGACGUGGCUUUAGGGCGGUCGGGGAGGGGUUUUUAUUCCCUCCGACACGCUGAGAAACUGAGAGCCGGCGUCUGAAUUGUGGCUUCCAGUCGCAGGCCCCCCUCUCUCGGAGCCUUAACUUUGGGAUUUUGGGUUUGUUUUGGGGUUUUUUCCCCCCUCUGGUUUCAGGCCUUAACCUCCUCCUUCAGCCUCCCUCUGUCCCGGGGCCUGGUGCGGCUCGCAGCCCUCCCGCGGUGCCCCCCGACCAGCCUCCUGCCAGUCCCUUUCCAGCCGUUUCUGCAGCCCCCUCCUUAGUGAGGCUUUUAAACAAGGUUUUGAGGUUGUUGUUUUUUUUCCCCCUUGCGCUCUCAGUUUAAAUAUAUUUUUUUUAAAGCCCGACCUAACCCCCAAGAACAAACCCCCUCCUAGUUUCGGGUGCCAGCACGUGUUCGGGUAGAAGAUGAACGCGGCUGCCAGCAGCUACCCGAUGGCAUCGCUGUACGUGGGUGACCUGCACCCCGAUGUCACCGAGGCCAUGCUCUAUGAGAAGUUCAGCCCUGCUGGGCCGGUGCUUUCCAUUCGGGUCUGCAGGGAUAUGAUCACUCGCCGGUCCCUCGGCUAUGCCUACGUCAACUUCCAGCAGCCAGCAGAUGCCGAGCGUGCUCUGGACACCAUGAACUUUGACGUGAUCAAAGGGAAGCCCAUUCGCAUCAUGUGGUCUCAGAGGGACCCCUCUCUGAGGAAGUCAGGGGUCGGCAACGUCUUCAUCAAGAACCUGGACAAGUCCAUUGACAACAAAGCACUUUAUGACACCUUCUCAGCGUUCGGGAAUAUUCUGUCCUGCAAGGUGGUGUGUGAUGAGAAUGGCUCGAAGGGCUACGCCUUCGUGCACUUUGAGACGCAGGAGGCGGCAGACAGGGCCAUCGAGAAGAUGAACGGCAUGCUGCUCAACGACCGCAAAGUAUUUGUUGGGAGAUUCAAGUCUCGUAAAGAGAGAGAGGCUGAGCUGGGAGCCAAGGCCAAAGAAUUCACCAACGUUUAUAUCAAAAACUUUGGGGAUGAUAUGGAUGAUGAAAGACUAAAAGAGCUCUUCAGUAAAUAUGGUAAAACUCUGAGUGUUAAAGUGAUGACAGACCCUACUGGAAAAUCCAAGGGCUUUGGCUUUGUAAGCUUUGAGAAACAUGAAGAUGCUAACAAGGCAGUAGAAGAGAUGAAUGGGAAGGACAUCAACGGGAAGUUGGUGUUUGUGGGCCGGGCGCAGAAGAAGAUGGAGCGGCAGGCGGAGCUGAAGCGCAGGUUUGAGCAGCUGAAACAAGAGAGGCUCAGCCGCUACCAGGGUGUUAACCUGUACAUUAAAAACCUAGAUGACACUAUAGAUGAUGAAAAGCUGAGGAAAGAGUUCUCACCUUUUGGCUCCAUAACGAGUGCCAAGGUGAUGCUGGAAGAUGGCCGGAGCAAAGGGUUUGGCUUUGUCUGCUUUUCAUCUCCAGAGGAAGCUACCAAGGCCGUGACGGAGAUGAACGGACGCAUCGUGGGCUCCAAGCCGCUCUACGUGGCGCUGGCGCAGAGGAAGGAGGAGCGCAAGGCUCACCUGACCAACCAGUACAUGCAGCGCAUCGCUGGCAUGAGAGCCCUGCCUGCCAACACCAUCAUCAACCAGUUCCAGCCUGCUGCUGGCGGCUACUUCAUGCCUGCUGUGCCCCAGGCUCAGAGCAGACCUACAUACUAUGCACCCAAUCAAAUGGCACAGAUGAGACCCAACCCACGCUGGCAACAAGGGGGAAGACCUCAAGGCUUCCAGGGAAUGCCAAAUGCCUUGCGCCAGUCAGGCCCGAGGCCAGCACUGCGCCACCUGGCCCCUGCCAGCAAUGCUCCAGCCUCUCGUGGCCUCCCUGCUGCUGCCCAGAGAGUUGGCGUUGGCACCGCCGCCCAGACCUUGGCUCCGCGGCCGCCUGUGGCCGCCCCAGCUCCCCGCGCGGUUCCUCCCUACAAAUACGCCUCCAGCGUCCGCAGCCCGCACCCGGCCGUGCAGCCUCUGCAGGCACCUCAGCCUGCAGUCCAUGUGCAGGGACAGGAACCUCUAACAGCCUCCAUGCUGGCUGCUGCCCCACCUCAGGAGCAGAAACAGAUGCUGGGAGAACGUUUGUUCCCUCUGAUUCAAGCUAUGCACCCCAGCCUUGCAGGGAAGAUCACAGGAAUGCUGCUGGAGAUUGACAACUCAGAGCUGCUGCACAUGCUCGAGUCUCCAGAGUCCCUCUGCUCCAAGGUGGAGGAGGCAGUUGCAGUGUUGCAGGCUCACCAAGCCAAGAAAGAAGCUGCCCAGAAGGUGGGCGUGGUUGCUGCUACCUCUUAAACCCAGGAAAACUGGAUGCAACAGAAGCCAAAUAGCCCUUUCAUAGACAUCAGCUGAAGAUGCUUGCAGAUUGUUCACUCUCCUGCAGAUCUCAAUCCCCUGCAUCAUAUCACAUAGUUACUGCAUUUUGUAAAGUAACCUCGAAGAUCUUUGAAAGCCAACUCUGAAGCUCUUAAGGUUCCCAAAAGUCAGAUUUGGCCUUGCAAGCUUUUCCCCCACCCUGUGGUCAGAAGAGAAAGCUACCAUUUGUGUCUUCUGAGGGAGGACAUUGGAAGCCUUCGGGUUGAAAGUGUUUUGUGGGUUUGAAUGUAACUGUGAACGGUUUGGAAACUCUGGAAAGCAUUUAUCAAUAAAGGAAUUAAAAACUUUCA